GAGAAUUUGACCAUAGUAAAGUAAAGCAAGAAUAUAAGCGGAAGUUGCUUAUUUCAAGGCAAAGUGUGAUGGGAGUUGGUGUAAUAUCAAUGCAUAAUUGGCCUUCUUGUUUAUUGUUGAAACAUCCAAAGGCUUAGCCGCUGUUUUCCUUGUUUUUAUUUUAUACUAUUUGCUUUUAUUAAAAAGUUGUCUUUUUCCUUAUUGUUGAAAUAUCCAAAGGUUCCCUCUUCUCUGCCAGCUAUUAAUUUUGAUAUUUGAUUCUUAGACAUUUUUGGGUGUUUCUUAUUUUCUGUUUUCAGUUGACUAUUUGAUUGAAGAACUUUGGAAACAAUCUCUUUUUGAUUAAAUUGAGGAAAUUCAGGGGGAAUCGGUCAUGGAGGGCAAAUGUGCAAUCAAGAAAGAUGUUACUGAAUUAAUAGGUAAUACCCCUAUGGUAUAUCUGAACCAUAUCGUCGAUCGCUGCGGUGCUCGAAUUGCUGCCAAGCUCGAGCUGAUGGAACCUUGCUCCAGUGUUAAAGACAGGAUUGCAUACAGUAUGAUUAAAGAUGCAGAAGAUAAGGGCUUGAUUACACCAGGGAAGAGUGUCCUUAUCGAGCCUACCAGUGGUAAUACCGGCAUUGGAUUGGCUUUCAUUGGAGCAGCUAGGGGUUAUAAAGUUAUUGUCACAAUGCCAGCUUCUGUGAGCAUCGAGAGGAGAAUAGUUCUUCGAGCUUUUGGAGCUGAAGUAUGCCUCACAAGCCCAGCCAAGGGCUUUAAGGGGGUAUUAGACAAGGCUGACGAGAUACUGAAGAACACACCUAACGGUUACAUGCUACGGCAAUUCGCAAACCCUGCCAAUCCUCAGAUUCAUUACGAAACCACCGGUCCAGAGAUAUGGAAAGACUCGGAAGGGAAAGUUGAUGUACUGGUUGCAGGCAUAGGGACUGGUGGUACAGUAACAGGUGCAGGGAGAUUCCUUAAAGAGAAAAACUCAGAGAUCAAGGUAUAUGGGGUAGAACCUGUUGAAAGUGCAGUCUUGAAUGGUGGAAAACCUGGCGCUCAUCUGAUCCAAGGAAUGGGUGCUGGUAUCAUCCCUGAUGUUUUGGAUGUUGGCCUCCUUGAUGAAGUUGUCCAGGUAUCAAGUGAAGAAGCCAUUCAAACUGCUAAACAGAUAGCCUUGAAAGAAGGUUUACUGGUUGGUAUAUCAUCUGGUGCUAAUACAGCAGCUGCAAUUAAGUUGGCAAAGAGGCCAGAAAAUGCUGGCAAACUCAUAGUUGUAAUUUUCCCCAGCGCGGGUGAGCGUUACCUGUCGUCUGCAAUGUUUGAGUCCCUAAGGCAUGAAGCAGAAAACAUGCCCAUUGAAUGAUGCCAUUGUUAUCCUCAAUCACAAAUUCUUUGUACUUUGCAUUCCACUGUGAACUAUGUCUACCUCUGCCUUCUUCUUUGUACUUUGUGUUCUAUGUUUUUCGGGUUUAAGAUAAAUAUUAAAUACGGGUAUGUGUAUGACAUGUAUAAGCUCAAUUGUUUUUUUUUUUCUUUAAUUUCCAUAUUUGAAUAUUUGGAAGGUUGUCAAAGAAUCAUAUUUUUAUACCAUAUUUGAAUCUAUGUGGAUAUCGAAACAUGAAUACCAAAUUUAA